AGGUGGCUUUCUUCCUCCAGAAGAAAUAAAAGAAAGAUUUGACAGCAACUGUAUUACACCAGGAACUGAGUUCAUGGACAAUCUUGCUAAAUGCCUUCGCUAUUACAUAGCUGAUCGUUUAAAUAAUGACCCUGGGUGGAAAAACUUGACAGUUAUUUUAUCUGAUGCUAGUGCUCCUGGUGAAGGAGAACAUAAAAUCAUGGAUUAUAUUAGAAGACAAAGAGCCCAACCUAACCAUGACCCAAACACUCAUCAUUGCUUAUGUGGAGCAGAUGCUGAUCUCAUUAUGCUCGGUCUUGCUACACAUGAACCCAACUUUACCAUCAUUAGAGAAGAAUUCAAACCAAACAAACCCAAACCAUGUGGACUUUGUAAUCAGUUUGGACAUGAGGUCAAGGACUGUGAAGGUUUGCCAAGAGAAAAGAAGGGAAAGCAUGAUGAACUUGCAGAUAGUCUUCCUUGUGCAGAAGGAGAAUUUAUCUUCCUUCGUCUUAAUGUUCUUCGUGAGUAUUUGGAAAGAGAGCUCACCAUGGCCAGCCUGCCGUUUACAUUUGAUGUUGAGAGGAGUAUUGAUGACUGGGUCUUCAUGUGCUUCUUUGUGGGAAAUGACUUCCUUCCUCACCUGCCAUCAUUAGAAAUUAGGGAAGGUGCAAUUGACCGUUUGGUUAACAUAUACAAAAAUGUGGUACACAAAACUGGGGGUUACCUUACAGAAAGUGGUUAUGUCAAUCUGCAAAGAGUACAGAUGAUCAUGUUAGCAGUUGGUGAAGUUGAGGAUAGCAUUUUUAAAAAGAGAAAGGAUGAUGAGGUAAAGUGUUUCUAUUGCAGUAGCUAAAUUGCUCCUGUCUCUAAUAGGCUGUGAUGAUCCUGUGAUUGUACUUUUAACCUCUUUGAGUGCGUUGUUAUUAUUAUAGUGUAUCAAACACCAUUGUAAUCAUGAGUGGUCAGUGCUUUGAUUAUUUUAUAAAGGUGGUGAUGCUUGCUGUGUGGAACUGUGUAUUGCACACUGUGUGAGUUGCAUUGUAAUUUUUUUCUCUCUUCAUAAUCUUAAGAUAAAAAUCCAAACACCUCUCUAAUCAGUAGGCUGUGAAAUGAGGGUGCCAAGGCUAGAUGAAUGCUGGGAUUGAACUCGUGGCUGCCAUGUUUUAUAGGAAAUAUUUAUGCCCUGGAAGACAGGUUAAGACUUAGGAACUCUCUACUCUGGUAGUAGAAUAUAGGGGGUCAGGGUUGGAUCACAUCAGCCAAAGCAGACAGUUGCAGGUCUGAGUAAGAAAUUUAUACGUGAAAGAAAGAAAAUAACAUAGCACUUGGAAAUUGAUCAUGUAUGAUAGGAUGAGUGCUUAGGUGAGAAGUCCAGGUUUCUGGCUUGGGCAGUUGGGAGAUUGCUGGUACCAUUCACUGAGAUAGCAAGCACUUGGGGUAGAGCAGGUUGAGCUGGGGACAAGGUAGAAAUUGAGUUUCAUUUUGGAGAUACUAAGUUUGAGGUGCCAUAUAGGAGACACGGGAGAGGAGAAAGUCCAUGAAGCAAUUAGAUGGAUUUGUGUAAAGCUCAGGGCAGAAGUCUUUUGACGGGAGAUUUGAGAACCAUUAGUGGAUGGGAGUUACCUCAAGCUGUCAGUGUGAACUUGAAGUCCCUGGGAGUCUGUGUGGAGUGAAAGUGCCUCCAAUAGAAACGUUGAGAAACAUGGACAUUUAAAGAGAGAGAGGAGCUAGUUGUAGAGAGAUGGGAGGAAAUCCCUAAAGAGAGAAGCCAUUGGUGCUCUCUGACGUGUCAGGGCAAGAUGGACAGGCCCCUAGUCCAUGGCCAGGGGUUCAGAGGCUCUGGGGAGUCAAUGGGGCAUAGUGGCGGUAGUCUGGAGGCAAAGGGAGGGUGG